ACCUGCACACCGAGACGUUUUCCCGCCUUGCCGGUGCGCUCGCGCCUCCUCCACCUCCUGUCUCAUUCUGGGACUUUUGUGUGCGUGUUGUUGUGAAAGUGCUGCUCUGCUCAAUGCUUCUGCUCCGCGCCAUUCAGAGAGACGACCGAGAGUGAGUGAGUGAGUGAGUGUGUGUUUGUGCUCGGUAGGAUGCGCUAUGUCGUAUCUCUCGGCUCUCUCGGCCUGCUCCGGCUGCUCGGCGCGCCCUGGUCGUGGAGCGUGGCCGCGGGACUCGGCCUGUACCUGGGCUCGGGCGGCUGGAGAUACCUGUACGUGGCCGCACGCACCGUCAGGAGGGAUAUCCAUGGUGUGCUGGUGCUCCUGAGGGUGAAGCUGGCGCUGUGGCGUCAUAUGCGGAAUGGCAGCAACAUCCCCUCCAUCUUUGCCCAGACCGUGGCUCAGCACCCGGACAAACCGGCCCUGGUGUACGAGGCCACCGGGGAAACAUGGACCUUCACUGAGCUGGACCAGCUGUGUAACGCCGUGGCUCAGUGGGCUCUGAGUCAGGGCUGGGCCUCCGGAGACGUGGUGGCUCUGUUGAUGGAGAGCAGGCCCCUGCAGGUGGUGCUUUGGCUUGGUUUGGCCAAAAUCGGCAUCGAGUCGGCGCUCAUCAACUUUAACCUGAGGCGAGACUCCCUUAUGCACUGCCUGAGUGUGUCGGGAGCACGGGCACUCGUUUUCGGGGCAGAGCUCGCUGAUGCCGUGUCGGAGGUGAGGUCCAAUCUCAGCGACUCCAUGGCGCUCUUCUGCACCGGAGACCUGACUCCUGAUCGCUUGACCUGUCUCAAAGCUCAGCUGCUCGAUUCGCUGCUGGCGUCUGCGCCGCGUCAUCCUCCCUCCAUCACCUCUGCCAAGGGCUUCAGCGACCGUUUGUUCUACAUUUAUACCUCUGGCACCACCGGACUUCCCAAAGCUGCUAUCGUGGUGCACAGUCGAUAUUAUAGAAUGGCUGCUUUCGGGUAUUACGCUUUCGGCAUGAAGCCGGACGACAUCCUGUAUGACUGCUUACCUCUCUACCAUUCAGCGGGUAAUAUAAUUGGUGUCGGUCAGUGUUUAAUCCACGGCCUGACCGUGGUGGUGAAGAAGAAGUUUUCCGCCAGCCGCUUUUGGGAAGACUGCAUCAAAUACAACUGUACUGUGGUGCAGUACAUCGGUGAGAUCUGCCGCUACCUGCUGUCUCAGCCUGUGCGCCCAUCAGAGCGUGGGCACCGCGUGCGCCUGGCUGUGGGUAACGGGCUCCGCCCCAGUGUGUGGGAGGCCUUCACUCAGCGCUUCGGCAUUAAACAGAUCGGCGAGUUCUACGGAGCUACCGAGUGUAACUGCAGCAUCGCCAACAUGGACGGCAAGGUGGGCUCGUGUGGCUUUAACAGCAUGAUUCUGCCGAACGUCUACCCCAUCCGUCUAGUGAAGGUGAACGAGGAGACCAUGGAGCUGGUGAGGAAUAAACACGGACUUUGUGUUCCAUGUCAGCCAGGAGAACCCGGGCUGCUGGUGGGCAAAAUAAACCAGAAGGACCCUCUCCGCCGCUUUGACGGCUACGCCAACCAGGAGGCCACCAAGAAGAAGAUUGUCCAUGAUGUUUUUAAGAAAAAUGACUCUGCCUACCUGUCAGGUGAUGUUCUGGUGAUGGAUGAACUCGGCUACAUGUACUUCCGGGACCGCAGCGGGGACACUUUUCGCUGGAAGGGUGAAAACGUCUCCACUACUGAAGUGGAAGGAACUCUGAGCAACCUGCUGGGCCAGACGGAUGUGGCAGUGUACGGAGUGGCCGUGCCAGGAGUGGAAGGGAAAGCGGGAAUGGCUGCUAUCGCUGACUCCGCAGGGAGCUUUAACUGUGAAUCGUUUCUCAGAGAAGUCCAGAAGGUGUUGCCUCCGUACGCUCGGCCAGUUUUCCUCCGCAUCUCUCCACAAGUCGACACUACAGGUACAUUUAAAAUUCAGAAGACCAGGUUACAGAAGGAGGGAUUUGACCCCCGUAUCACAGCAGACCGCAUCUACUUUCUGAACUCCAGAGCAGGACGCUAUGAAGGGGUGACUGAGGAAAUGUAUAAUGCCUUAGUGGAAGGUAGAAUAGCUCUGUAAGAGAGCACGAGCAUGUCGGGUAAAGCACUGGCAUUUCAGGGAUCAGUUAUUGAGAUGCAAAAACAAAGCGAACAGGAUCUUUGCUGUGGAUUGACUGCUAGCAUUUAGGAAGAAAACGUUUAACGAUUAACAUUGUUUAACUGAAUAGCACUAUAUUUUUUUAAAAAGUGUUCAUUUUUACAUUUUACAGCGUGUAAAUUGUGCCUUUUUGCAUGAGACGCACAUCAGUUGGAAGGGUCCCUCAGCGGGACAUUGUGUUACCAGCGAAAAGCUCACUGACGGGUUGCUUUUUAUUUGGAGACGCGUUAGUUUUAAUCGAGGUCAGAUUAUGCCUGUGUAUUGAUUUAAUGCUGAACAGAAGUGUUACAUCACUCCACGUGUACAUGACGAGAAAUCUUCUCCUGAAUACUAGAGCUGGUGAUUUUCUUACAUUAUUGUCCUACGAGUUACGACCCGGCAGCAUAAACGAUCAAAUCCCUCAACAUUAUAUUAUCCUUUAUUGACCACUUUUGUUUUAGGGACAACUACUUUUAAGCAAUACAUAAAACCUUCCUAAAAGGGGAGCAUAUGGUUUACUUUCUUAAUAAUAAUCCCUAUCUGGGUUGCAAAAACACUAACAUGGAUGAUGUUUUUCACAGAUUGUGUGUGCGUGUGUGACCUUGUUUUUAGAUGGAUAUUUCUAAAAACAUUUUAAUACAAAAGUGCCUUAAAUCACUCCUCCCUGAAUUUAUCAGAACAUAAUCUUUCAUUAUAGAUCAGUUAAUAUGGAGGUUACUGUUACCCUGUUACACUCUGUGGCUCAUCAGCACUGACAUUUGUUCUGUUUUAACAUGAUGUGAAUUUAAAUUGAUAAAUUGAAAUAAAACUUAUUAAA